AUGGAACAGUCUACAUCCAAAGCCUUGGUACCAAUCAAGAAGAAGUUAGCCACCGCCGAACCCGAGGACAAGGAAGUCAAGGAACAGGCGGAUGAUCCUCCCAGGCAGGCAGACAGACCUCCGCAGAAAAAAUGGCGAGAUCUCAGUCCAGAGCAGAAAAUUCUGGAGAUUGUGCGUCACAGUAUCCGACCAUUCUCUGAUCGCCUCGACCCUUUCGCCGCGUUGCCUGUCAAUCUCGACCGUAUGCAGGAACACUUGGUCAGCUUCUAUCUUCUCUACUACCCCAAGGCCACAUAUGGAUUCAGCCCACGGCUUCGUCCACAUCCUGUCGCUAGUAACUUCUCCAUUGCGUUGAACACGCCUGCUUGUUUCCAGGUCAUCCUUGCGCGGUCCGCUUUGUACCGGAUAUCACUGAACAAGUAUGCAUCGGACCGAGAGAAAAGUGCCCUUGAGCUGGCCGUGAUGCGGCACAAGGGCGAGGCUCUAAAGUUGGUUCGGGUAUUAAGCACCAAGUUGUCUCCAAAGCGAAAAGACGAUCUGUUGGCUUCGAUCAUCAGCCUGGGGACUUUUGAAAGACGCACCGGCUCAUCGGACAAUGCGGGAAUGCACUAUUCAGCCGUCAGGAGGAUUCUGAAAUCCACCGGUGGCCCUCUUAAAGUCAAUUCGGUCCUUCUGUCGCGUGUCAUGUGCUUCUUCGAGUGCAUAUAUGGCACAAGUCCAGAAAGUUAUAUCUGGGACGAGUCGGAUUUGAAAAGAUUGCUCAACAGCUUGAAUAACUUUCUUUUCAAGUUAUGGGAAUUCUGGCAGUCCCUGUCAACCAUCAGCGUCCUGACUUCCAGAUCAAUUGAAGGGCGGCGGACAAUACCGAUUCAUUCUUUUGGCCUUCAACCAGGUUCAGCAUUGCUCUUGGUCGUGGAGAGGCGGCCAAGCCCCAUGGCUGAAAUCACCCAACUACGGCGGCUGGAGUUGAUAUUCCAAGUGACGUGUCUCCUUACACUGGCCAUAAUCACGAUCGACCACGCCAGUGACUUCCGGACUCUGCAGCAGUACAUGGACGGUCUCCAUAAGAUGAUGGACGACCUUCAGCUGGGAGGUCAGAGCUGCAACAACGCCAUGUGGCAGAUUCAAGUCAACGACCACAGUGAAGAGCAUAGUCGAAGAAUAUGGCGUGCGGCUGGUUAUGCUUGGGUCAUGAAGCAUGUGUCGUAUCAUAUUCAAGAGACGCUGAAAGACUGGUUACUCGGUUUCUUCACGGGGAAGCCGGCGGACAAGGUGUAUCGGCUUGAUGCGUUCCACUUUAGUUAUGCGAGCUGA